AUAAGCAGAGUUCAAAAAGAACAUUUGCUUUUUUUCUCUUAACCCCUGGAUUUUGUCGACCGCAGGAUUUCAUUUCUCUCGAGAUGCCUCGUGGCAGGUCUCAUCGUAGAUCUGAGGCAGCUCGUAGGCGACUUGAAGUCACCCGAACUGAGCGCAUAGGGAUACAGCAACCUUCUGUCGAUUUCGUGCCACUUGGUGGUACAGGAAAGAGACACAAAGUUAGGAAAUGGGAAGCCAGUUUGGUGACGCCUCACCAACACAAACUGGUUAUUCCUGAUGGGAGCCCUGAUAAGCAAUUCAUCCUGGUUAUCGGUGCCUCCCAUCUGCGGUCAUUUGCAGACGGCAUCGUUCGUAUGCCAGCCGGUCGCUUUGUUUUCGGAUUCAUGUCGACUCCGGGAGCAGCAGCAAAUGACCUUCGCCUAGAGGUACUUAAUGCUGAAGUAUCUCGGGAGCCUGAUGCAGUUUGCAUUCUGGCUACGUCCAACGACCUUACAGCCAGCAACACGCCAGAACAAGCGGGACAAUCCUUUGAGAGGUACCUGAAGGCUGUUCUCAGUCGCUGGCCAAAGGCUUUUUGCAUGUCAAUGGUCCCGCGUCUAACGGAGCCUGGGGAGAAAUUGAACUUCUAUAAUCAAGAGUUCCACCACAGGGCGAAACGUCUGGGUGUAAGUUUUACAUCCAUCGCUGAAUACUACCCCCGGAGCCGUCGCCAGCUGUGGUGCCGUGAUGGUGCAGAGACGGCACAUGACAGGGUGCUUGUCUGUGAUGUUCAGCGUUCUCCCUGUCCUGGGGAAACAUCCGAGGGUCCUGCUGCUGCUCCUGUUCCUGUUGCUGUUGCCGGUGCGAUGCCUGGUGGUGCGGCAAUCCAGGCCCUCUGA